AUGGGCCUGCCUCCGAAUUUUGCUGACGAUUUCGCGAAAUUGAUGGGAGAUGUAUCAGGUAUUAAAUCAUCUGUUGAGAAGAUUCAGACUGACGUUGAUAAAAUAAUAAGUGACAUUCAAAACCUCCAGUCAACAACUAAUGAUCAUAAAAACAGAUUACAAGAUUUGGAAGAAGAAAACAGUGAGUUAUGGAAUAAAAUUGAAGAAAUGGAGCAGUAUAGCCGUAAAAAUAACAUUAUAAUUAAUGGUAUUCCAUACCAGGAGGACGAAAAUCUCCACACCAUAAUAAAAAACUUGGGCGAUAAACUCGAAACUAAUGUAUCUGAAGGUGAUAUAAAUGCCACUCACCGUCUUCCUACCAAAAAAAGAGGACAGAUCCCGCCAAUUAUCGUAAGACUGAAUAAAAGAUCAGUGAAAGAUCAAAUGAUCAGAAAAUCCAGAGAGAAAAGGAUCAAUUCAUCGGACUUGGAUUUCAGCCAGCAACCUCCGAGACCAAUUUACGUUUCCGAGCAUUUGACUAGUUUUUCGAUGUCACUGCUCUCAAAGGGAGUAGAGUUGAAGAAGAAGAAGCUUAUCGCUGGAGCUUGGAGUAAUGAUGGAAAAAUAUUCAUUCGUCCGAAAGAAAAUGACAAGCCGAUACAAAUUACCCAGGAGGACCAACUAGCAAAAUACGAACAUAAGAAAGGACAGGCGAAGCAGACUGCCAAAUCCAAACAUAAGUGA